CAAGAAACCAAUACUAGAAAAGAGAAUAUUGUAAAUAUUUUUUUCGACAAGAUUAAAUUCGCUCACUUCUUACACAUUAUUUCUCCAUCUGACGAAAUGCUUGAAAAAAUGAUACCACGAGUAUAUUGGAGUAUAGAAAAUGAAGAUUUGGCGGAAGAUAUGGGAAAUAAGCUAAUAAAAAACUUUCCUAAGGAUUAUAAGAAAUCUAAAUCAGCUUACAAUGAAGCGAGUGAAAAAAUCAAAAAAUUAUUGAACCAAUUAGAAAAACUUCAAAUAAUAUUUCUUAAAACCUUAUUAAACGACAAUGAUCAAACUGACACAAUAGUGAGCUCAAGAGUCUUAUUUUGUAGACGAUUUCAAAGUUUUAUUCAAGAAAACAUGAUUUCUUGGAGGAAUGAUCCUAUUUUAAAACUGCCGGGUCCGGUAUUGUUGAGUACAUUUUUUCGUUUAUCAUUUUUAUUACGUGAACUAUUGAGUGAAGAACUAGUAGACUUUAAUAACUUAAGAAUACACCCAAAUAUUUUUUAUUUGGAAAACUACAACUUUUUUGGAAUCGAACGAAUAGGAGGCACAUUUUCAUAUUUGAAAAAUAGAUAUAACGAACUUAUCAAACAGAAACUGGGACCUCCGUUUGACAGCCGAAAUGAUGAUAAUAACGAUACUGACAUAGAGGAUGAAAUGAUAGAGAUAAAUUCGGCGGCUGGUUUGAUUACUGUUUUAACAAGAAUAAUUAGGAAUACAGAAGACAGAAAUGCAAACACUCAUAUCGCCGAUGCUGUUAUGAAUAGAAUAUUGUCAUUUGAUCAUUUACCUACUGACAAAAUACAUGUAUUUUCUGUGCUGCUAAAUAGUAUAAUUUGUUUAUACCGCAUAGCUUGUCAUAGACAAUUAAUUGAAUAUGUAUCUUUCAAAGAAAGAUUAGCUGAACUAUCUAUAGAUUAUGCAAUAGUAGAUUAUGAAUUAAAAACUUCCAGUGAAAGCAGAGACGUUUUAGAACUUGCCCUUAAGGACAUCGAAAAAAAAGUAUGUUUAUCUAUGAGACAUAUAGCUUGGUUGAAGAGUUUGAUAUUUGUAGCCACAAAUGAACAAAUUUUAGAAUGGAUUCUCACCAUCAUUUCUCACACUUUGAAAUAUUGCUCUGAUAUAGAAGAUGAAUUGUUCAGAUUUGUUCCAGACUUUUACAUAGAUAAUCUGUUAGAGUUAGCUGUUAUAUUACCUGAUUAUACAAACAUAACUCAGAAAUUUGAUGAUAUUAUAGUUGAUAAAAAAUGGUUGGCCACGUUAAUUGCUGAAAUAAUACUAAACGUUUUUAAUGACCAAAGAAUAAUCCAUCCGAAAACAAAAGAAAUAAUAAUCCAAGGAGUAACUUUAUAUUUAACUCACCCUAAAUCAGUUGUUAUUCUUCAAGAAGUUGCAGAAAAAUCACGAUUUCGUGCGAUUAAAUCGAUUUUUAAACCGAUGGAACGAAAAAUAUGGAUAAAAACUAAUUUAAUAUUGAUGUUAAUUUGGUAUGGUUCUGGAUUUGCAUUCCGUUAUGUUCGACCCCCUCAUUUAAAAAAUAAACAUGUCUCUACGCAAGGAGCACUUGAAGAAAUUGUGUUUUCUAACAUGGGCUCUGUACGACCACCUGCAACUGUGCUUCAAAAUGACGUACGGACAAUUAUAGCUUAUGACAAAGAAACAGCGUCUAAUUUUAUCAAUAACUCAUUAAAUUAUUUAAACUGGGCUUUUUCUGAGUUUAUAAGUUUGUUCCAAGAAAUAAAAGAUAUAGACGAAAACGAUACUUUUAUUUCUUCAGAAGAAGUGAAUAAACUAAAAAUGUGUGGUAAAAGUUUUAUUUACACUGUAACUUUAUUACGUGUUAUUGAAAUGAUGAUUCAUUUUGAUCGUAAUAUUAUAAUUGACCAAGAAGGAUCACUUGGCAGAGUUUUUCAGUUAAUAUGUCAAAUUCUUAAUCGAAUAAAUGCCUCAUCUUCUACGUUUAGUCGAGUUUUGGCAUCAUCUUUACCAUACAUGGAAUGUGUACAUAAGUUCACAAUUCUUGUAGCAACAACUGGUGUUUUAUUGUCUAUGUUAGAAAGUGAAAUAAAUAAAAAGGUUUCAGAAGAAGAAAGACCAAGCAAGAUCUCUAAUAUUCCAGAAAUUACAGAUGCUUUAAUUUCAGAUCCAAAUUUUAAUUUGUCAUCAUUGGAUUUUAUUAUAUUAUCAGAAAAUGAAAAUGAUGAACCAUUUUCCUUGAAUUUUUAUAAAACUUAUAUUAAUAAGGAAGAAUUUAAAAAAGUUGGUGAUAUGUAUCAACAUUUGGAUUGGUACACGAAACGUCACAAAUCUAUGGCUUCUAGCAUAAACGAGGAAGAUUUAUGUAUAAUUUGUUAUUCAAAUAAAAACAAUGUAACUUUGAUACCGUGUAAACACCAAUGCUGCAAGUUGUGUAUAAAUCAUCACGUACUUUAUUCACGUGUUUGUUUUUACUGUAAGGGAAGAAUUGAAUCAGUGGUAGAUACUAAUAAUUUGUCAACUAUAAUACAUGAUUUUGGAACUGAGCCCCCACCAUUAUUGUGACCAGAUUGAUAGCACAACAAUCUAAUCUCAUCAAUAUUUAAAAUGUAUAAUAUUUGUUGUUAAAUACAAAAUUGAAAAU